UUGCAUGGUAGAAUCAGGAUAUCAAUCACCCCCAUAAUUGAGUUGCUGCAGUAGCUGUUAGUAUAUCGCUUUUUUCUAUCAAUCCCAUGGCUGAAGGGCGCCGCCGCCGCCGCCGCCACCACCACCACCUUGGGGAGGAUUUUGAGACCGUUGAGGUGAAGCACGAUUUUUAAAGUCUUUCAUUAACGAGUUCAUAAUACUUAUUACAACAUCUUAGAGAUCAAAUCAUACGUGGAUAAUUACAACUCUAAAUUAAGUUACCCAUCUCUUUCUCCACCAGAAGUGGUGUCAUUUUAUACGAUUAUUAAGAACUGAGGAUAACAAUAUAAAUUAGAGUUCUUGAAUUUCAGAGGUGAGAUUUGCCGUCAAGUGACUAUGUACGUUUGCAACUUUUAUAUGAGCUUAAUUGCUAUUCACAUGUAAUUUUUCGUCCCACAAUAGAUGACAUUACCUCCGCCGAUAAAAUCAGAAGUUCCCAGCCAUGGUGCUGGAUUCCAUUGUAAUGUUGGAGAUAUGGAUGUUACAGGCGAAAAGGGAACAUUUUUUUGGUGAAGGAAUUAGCCACGUUGAGGCAAAAGAUUAUGAUUAUCGAGGGCGUGGACAAUUUCCUGGAGUUUUUACAGUUCAACCGAGUCUGGAAACUUAUGACAAGGGGAAAGACGAAGCAGAAGAAGAGACAGAUAAUGGAGAGCACCAGUACAAAAUAGGAGGAGAUAAUGUAUUUGCAUCUGGGCCGAUCAAUCCUCCACCGGAUUUGUAUACGUAUGUAGAGGGUGGUGGACUUUCUGGAAUAGACGCCACAUAUGCCGCUGCAACUCUAGACCAGAAAAAGGCAAUUCUAUGAGAUCACCCACAAAAUUUCUUCCUAAAUUGAAAGCAAUAAAUGGCUGCUUCUGUUCGAAUUUCGUUUUGUUUUCUCAGCAGCUCAGAAAUUGUUCCUUGAGCUUAAACCAAACAUUUAUUCCAAAGACAAUCUUGUGAUAAAAGCCAUCAUGUCCUUUUUAAAACUUCCUUCUUCUUUUUUGUGAAAUCUCUAAAAAUGGAAAAUUUUUAGAUUUUUUUGAACUAAUUAAUCCCACAAUUAUUAAAUUUUCGUCAUCCUACUUGAUAUUCUUGUGUUAAUUUAUCUCUUUUGAUCUAUUUUAAAAUCUAGUUCAAGCCCUGUCUUAAUAUGAUUAGAUUUGGUCACUUAUUGAUAUUUCAAUUCCUGUCAUUUCCAUAAUAUGAAUCAUGAUAAUUUCAACUUCCUCCUGGACUAUCUUCCCUGAUAGAUCUUCUAGUUCUUGCUAAUUUCCUUUCGCUGAUUGAAUUUUCACCACAAUUUUUGCAGUAGAAGGACGAAACAAGUGCAGCAGAAGGAAACCAAAAAUGUACUUAGAGGACGAUGCCGCAUUAGUCUGCUAAGUUACCUGAGUAAUGGGUGUGGACUUGGGAAGUAAUAUGGUAUCGACUAUUGUACUGCCAAGAUAUGUAACCAGGAUGAUGAUGAUAUGAUGUAGUGCUUUUAUUUCUUGUCACGAAUAAUUAUCUCUACUACUUCUAGUAAGUUUGUAGAGCUUCUGAGUCUUGAUAAGUUAUGCAUGAACCUCGGAUUCAAAGCAAAUGACUGCUUUCGAAUAAGAGUUGUAAUUUCUUAAAAUUGGCAUUAGUAACUUUCCUUGAUAU